GUCAUAUAUACCUUUCGUCAGAGGCGGUUUUCCGAGUCGGAUCAUAUUGGUAAUUAUGCGGCUGAUUACACCGUUAUAUGAACUCCCUGUCAGUAUCAGAAUCUGCUCAAGGCUACUUUGUCUCGAAAUGUCUUUAUGAAGACUUGCUCUCAACAUGGUUGUGUGAUAACCUUUGCAGCAUUGUAACGACACUAUGCACGGGGUGUUUUCUCUAUGGUAAGUACAGUCGAUUCUACUCUUAUUGACUAUCCGCGUACAUAACACAAUUCGUCUCAUUAUAACU